GUCAUUGUGUCGUAGUCAAGGUGUCUGGAAAUAUUUUAAUCUAUCCUCAAGUAAAAAUAUUAAAUCGAAUGAUCUGUAAUGUAUAGCUAAAAAUGUUACAAAGGCUACAUUAUAAUUACAUUUUGAAUUAAAUGUAUAUAACGCAACAGAUUCGAUUAAAAUUUUAACUGCUCUGUAAAUCUUUCAAGAUGGUUUUAGCAGAUUUAGGUCGUAAAAUUACCACCGCAUUACAAUCGCUCAGUAGGGCUACAAUCAUUAAUGAAGAUGUCUUGAAUUCCAUGCUUAAGCAGAUUUGCGCUGCUCUUUUAGAAGCUGAUGUUAAUAUCCGCCUAGUAAAAAAUCUUAGAGAAAAUGUGCGCGCAGUUAUUGACUUUGAUGAAAUGGCUGGUGGUCUCAACAAGCGGAGAAUGAUACAGUCUGCUGUUUUCAAAGAGUUGGUAAAAUUGGUGGACCCUGGUGUAAAACCCUAUCAACCAAUUAAAGGAAAACCAAAUGUCAUAAUGUUUGUGGGUUUACAAGGUUCUGGUAAAACUACAACUUGCACAAAACUGGCUUAUCAUUAUCUCAGAAAAAACUGGAAAUCAUGUUUAGUUUGUGCAGAUACUUUCAGAGCAGGUGCUUACGAUCAGGUUAAACAGAAUUGUACAAAAGCUAGAAUACCAUUUUACGGAAGUUAUACAGAAGUAGAUCCUGUAGUGAUCGCUACGACUGGUGUAGAAAUGUUCAAAAAGGAAGGUUUUGAAAUGAUAAUUGUUGAUACUAGUGGCAGACAUAAACAAGAAGAAUCACUUUUUGAAGAAAUGUUGGCUGUUGCUAAUGCUAUUUCACCUGAUAAUAUUAUUUUCGUCAUGGAUGCUACAAUAGGUCAAGCUUGUGAGGCACAAGCUAGAGCUUUCAAAGAAAAGGUUGAUAUUGGAUCAGUUAUCAUUACAAAAUUGGAUGGGCAUGCCAAAGGUGGAGGUGCUCUGUCCGCUGUAGCAGCAACUCAGAGUCCUAUCAUUUUUAUUGGUACUGGAGAACACAUUGAUGAUUUGGAACCAUUCAAGACAAAACCAUUUAUUAACAAAUUACUGGGUAUGGGUGAUAUAGAAGGUCUGUUAGACAAAGUCAAUGAACUUAAAUUGGAUGACAAUGAUGAAUUGUUGGAGAAAUUGAAACAUGGUCAGUUCACAUUAAGAGCAAUGUAUGAGCAGUUUCAGAAUAUAAUGAAAAUGGGGCCGUUUUCCCAGAUAAUGGGGAUGAUACCCGGAUUUUCACAAGACUUAAUGUCGAAGGGUAGUGAACAAGAGUCAAUGGCCAGACUGAAACACCUGAUGACAAUUAUGGAUUCCAUGAAUGAAGGGGAAUUGGAUCAUAGAGAUGGGGCAAAACUUUUCACUAAACAACCAACACGCGUCACCAGGGUUGCGCAAGGUGCAGGUGUUACAGAAAGGGAUGUUAAAGAUUUGAUUACCCAAUAUACUAAAUUUGCAGCAGUAGUCAAAAAGAUGGGCGGUAUCAAAGGUCUGUUCAAAGGUGGCGAUAUGGCUAAAAAUGUUAAUCAAACACAGAUGGCUAAGCUAAAUCAGCAAAUGGCUAAAAUGAUGGAUCCUCGCAUACUCCAACAGAUGGGUGGGAUGUCAGGACUUCAUAAUAUGAUGAGACAACUGCAACAAGGAUCUAGUGGCAUGAAUAGCCUCAUGGGUGGGAAAUGACAAUAAAGAUUCAACGUGUAAUACAUGUAAUUAAACUACUAUAAUCAAUAAAUAUAUAAAUUU